AUUGGUUGUGAAGGUUGUUCGUGCUUGGUUUGGUCAAGACUACAAAAAUAAAAAACUACCAUUUUCCAUGGAGUUGGUUCUAAUGGAUCGAAAGUUACCUUUUUCAUAUUGUUUUUCUUUUUUGUUUUUUUUAGUAUUUUUUUGUUUAAAUUAUAGUGUUCUCAUCUUUUUUAUCUAGGGUGAUCAAAUUGGUGCGUCUAUACGAAGAACAUUGAUCUACAAGUUCAAGAAUCAACUCCAAGAGGGAAUGGUGUUCACGAUUUCCUCAUUUAAUGUUGCUAGCAACAGUGAUUUGUAUCGACCAUCACGCAAAGAAUACAAACUGAAUUUCACAAUCAACACAAAAGUCAAACUAUCUAUAACUGUUUUGGUCCCAACAAACGUGUAUUCGUUUACACCUGCACCUGAUGUUUUCAAUGAAUUUUACGACAACAACUACUUAGUUGAUGUAAUUGGAGUCAUGAUUGGAGUUGGAGUUGAAAGAGAGUACGAAAGAGAUGGUGUAAAAACUAAAAUAUGAAUGUCAUUGAGUUGGAGCUGAACUCUUUCCUAUCUUCCGGUGAAUCUCAAAAUGCUGUUGUAGCCAUUAUGUUGACAAAAGUUAAAUUGUUUCAAGGAAAACCAGCAUUACAAAAUGCAUUUUCUUCCACUAGAAUCACAUUCAAUCCUGAAAUUGGUGAAACAAAGGAACUAAGGAAAAGCUUUCUUAGUGCAAAUACAAAUUCUCCUGCAUCGGGAUUGAUCCAGUUACCAAAUUCAUCUUGCAUAUCUGUACAUGAGGAGUUUCUCUUACUUACUCCUAGGACCACUAUUGAGGAGUUGAAGAAUGUUAAUAAGCUUUUUUUUUUUUUUUAUUACAGGUCUAUUUUGGUAAAGUUUGCACACCUUUUAGUAUAA